AUGAUAUGGAUUUUAUUCAUUGCAAUAUUUAUUAAAUAUACAUAUUCAAUCCCACCAUCAUGUUUCUUAAGCUGUAUAUCAGAAGUUUCUAAAACAAAUUGUGAAUUUAAAUUAAGUAAUAUUGGUUGUAUAUGUUUAAAAGAAGAUCAAAUUGUUGGUUGUUUAAUCGAUAUUUGUCCCUAUGGAACUUUCAAUAGUGCAAGAGAUCAUUUUUUAGGUACAUGUUUAGAACAUGGUAAACCAUCAAUAACAAAUCCUUAUCCAAAACCUGCAACUUAUCCUCCACCUGGUUAUAUUGAAAAUUUACCAAAAGUUAAAGAUCCUCCUUAUGUACAUCAACCACCUCCUUUACCUCCAUCACCACAACCAAUACCACCACCACCACAAGAAGAACGACAACCAGUAACACCACCACAAGAUGAAUAUAAACCUCCAUUACCUACUCCACCAUUACCUGCACCACCUCCAAUUGACCUACCUCCGAUAGAACCACCAGCUCCUCAACAAGAUAGAUUCAAUGAUAUUAAUUCAGAUCCAUGGUUUAAAGACCCUAUUGAUAGAAACAUUUAUGAUUCAAAACGUCCAAUUGAAUGGGAAGAGACUGAUUCAUUAGAUAAUAAUGGUGAUUUUAUAAUUAUUAGAAAACCCAUAAAUGUCCCACCAAAUUUGCGUGAUAAAUCUAAAGUUGGGAAUAUAAGAAGGGUAAAAGUUCAACAAGUGCCUAACCCAAAUCAAAAACAUCAUCAUCAAAAUUAUUAUUUGGGCAACAACAACUUGAAUAAAAACUUCAAAGAUUUAAAUAAUAAGAUUUUGUUCAAAACUAAUAGAAUUAUGGAAUCAUUACAACCAAAAGGUAAUAAAUUAUACCACAACAAAAUCCGUAAAAUCCAGCCCAUUCAACCCCCUCCAAAAUCCCUUAACGUUGCACAAGUAUCUCAAAGAAUCAAACCAUCAAUUCCAAAAUUUAAAAGAUCACUUAGAAAUGAAUAUAAUACCAAUCACAUCAAGAGAUUAGCAAUGAACUAA